CCCUCAUUUGUCUUGUUUUAUUUGUCACGGCGUAUUGAUAUCUUUCAACUCCUGUGCUUUAUAGGUUAGUGAUGAAGAAGUUGAGACUAUCCUCCCCACUGCCGCUUACGCCCUUGCCAAAAUACAUAUGCAUCUUGUACACAGUGGACAAUGGUGAAGAUGUGGACGGUUUACCAACUGAAGGCGUUGAGAUUGCAUGUUUCCAUCUGGAUGGUUCUCACUAUAUGAUUUAUACACCUUCCGACCCACUUCUGUUUGUUGCAGUGAAGGACAAGGAUGGUGUACUUCAAAUAGCUGAUGACGAACUCUUGGAUGAUCCUGCUAUUAUUAGCGCCAUAGACGAGGAGACUGAAUUCAAUGCUUUAGUGGAAGAAGAAGCUGCUCUUCUCGAUUCAUUGCUUGGGAAAAGGUGAUUAGGUUAUUAUCAAAGAAAGCAGGUUACAAAUGUCUGAGUUGAAAUCAUCAAAAUAGGUAGCUUGUAAAACUUGACAUUGUAUAUAAUACGAUUCAUUAGUUGUUCUGUUCCCCUAAUGUAAUUAAUUUUCGAGAUCGAUUAUAUUUAAAA